AUGAACGGGUUUGGCGUCGGGAUGGCGGCCGCAGUGGCGACUCCGCCGCCGUUGAAGACCAGCAGCCACGAAAACCUCGAUAAGAUUGAUAUGUCUCUGGAUGAUAUCAUCAAAUUGAACAAGAAGGAAGAAAGAAAGCAGAAUUUUCCAAAAUUGAAUAGACGACUUAAACAUACUGGUGCCCGGCAAUUCAGGAUGAGAGUAGCCAGAUGGGGACUACAACAGCAGACUGGUUUUGGUAAAAAUGCUUUGGGCCGAAGAGGAAGAACAGGUCCUGGAAAAAGACGUUCAUAUGGAGUUAUCACUGGUCUGGCAGCUCGGAAAGCAAAUGGGGUUCGUAAAGGAAUCAACCCUGUUAAUCGACCAUCUUUAAGUGAGAAGAACAUACAGCGAUAUUAUCCAAUGUUAAAAAGGAAGACAAACCUUCAGAGACAAAAUGACAUGCAGAGGAAACCAAUCCCAGUUCUCAGGAGACCUAACCAGUUAAACAGAAGGAAUAACGUCCCAGUAAAUUUCACCAGGAGUGGGACUAAAUUAAAUCAGCAAAAAGAUACACGCCAGGCAACCUUUCUUUUCAGAAGAGGCCUAAAGGUUCAGGCCCAGGUGCACCCAGGACAACUGUUAGACAAACCAGCAGCAAAGAGAACUCGUCAAUGGCGAACUUCUACCACAAAUGGAGGAAUUUUGACUGUAUCUAUUGACAAUCCUGGAGCGCUUCAUCCUUCAGUAGCUCAGAGACCUCGUUUAACUCGUACUCCUAUACCUUCAUUUCUGAUGAAAAGGGAUCACCCUGAAGAGAAGAAGAUUCCUAAAGGAGUUCCCUUACAAUUUGAUAUAAACAGUGUUGGAAAACAGACAGGGAUGACUUUAAAUGAGCGAUUUGGAAUCCUGAAGGAACAAAGAAUUGCUCUCACUCAGAACAAAGGAAGCCGCUUUGUGACUGUGGGAUAGAUCCUCUGUCAAAGGGACAUUUGAGUGACAGCCACUUGUUUGAAAAGUUGAGUUGACAGAAGAAAGUGUGUCCCACAAAUUCCUUGGAAUUUUGUUUCAAUACUGACAAAUCUAAAUAACUCUUACUACUUUUACUUUGGAAUAGUACCUUUUUUUUUUUUUUUUUUAAUUUAUGAAGUAAUCCCCUGAGAGAACACCAAGGAAAUCCUGAUCUAUUCUUACAGGUGUCCUUUUUGGUCUGACAGAAAAUUCUACAUGGACUUAAUUGGGUGAUAAAGGGGUAGCAUAAAAGAAUAAAGGUAUUCUUCUUUGGUUCCUCAUGUAACAUACAUACAAACAGACCUGUACAGGUUAAUUAUUUUUGUGAUAGUGCUACUUGGUAUCUUUUCUUUACCCAUUCAGAUAGCAUAGACAUGUCCAUUGUAAAUCUCUUUUUAAAAGAGGUAUGAGUCUAUAAUAUUCUGUUUCUUUUCUGAUUGGCAUUUGACAUGGAAUGGAUUUCAUCAGCAGGGGUACAAAAAAUCCAUCAAGAAAUUCUGAAUUUCAGUGUGUUUGCAUGUGUGUACCUGAAACUUGUUAUUUUCUCCUUACUCGAAGUUUUUUUUAGGCAGUCGGUCCAAAACAGAAGGUAAUUUCCCAGUAUACCUUUUUACUUUUCUAGAAUAAGUCUGUAGUGACUAUAUUUUAGCAAGAAAUUUAACUCCAGGCAUUAGUCUCGGUGUGUUUAAAGGUUGUAAAUGCAUGUUUGCAUAAUUGCCUAUAGUGACCUUGGGGGAGAAUACUAUAAAAAUUUCACUUUUAAGUUUUUAUCAAAUGAAGGAAAUGAAAAGGGAAAUAAUUCAACUAAUGGCCAGUCAAAGAGAGAGAUGGUAGGACUUGAAGCUUCACAGCUAGUUUGACCUAUAGGCCUGAGACCUGUAUCCAUAACCAGGUGUUUAAAUCACAUUUUAAAAUAGUUGGCAUAAAUUGAAUAUACCUUGUUAAACAUCUCAGUGGUAAAGUUAACAUCUGUAAUGUACUGAGCUCCCCCAUCUGGGAUGUUAAAUUUUACAUUCAUUAAACACACUGUAAAAAAUGUUGAAAGUGACCCCUUAAAAAAGGACAUAGCUUUGUAAACUUGAACUUGUCAGAUAGAAAAAAAGAGAUAGUAAAUAAGGGGUGAGUUGUAACCUUGUUUUAUACUUGUGACCAACUUCAUUUUAAUGGAGUAAUGUUAAGACACAGAAAGAAAUGGUAAUUUUAUUUGGAUUUUAAGGGGUCUGUGUGCCGAGAAUAUGCUUGAGAGAUCCCUAAAUAGUUGUGUACCAUGAGUGGUAUGAUGCCAAAAUACAGAGGGAACAUUUCAUCUACAGGUCUUGUCAUUUCUAAACCUUGACUUUUUUGAUGUGCCACACCAAUUUUUUUUUAAUGGAUAGGGAUUUUAGAUCACAUUAAGACUUUAUUUUCCAAUAUAAAGAAAAUUUUUCCUCCAUCCCAUCUCCUCAGUUAAUCCUCCCCCCAUCUCUUGCCCCUCUUCUGGAUUUUUUUUCCUUGGUCUCUUAAGAAGCUAGUGAUAGAAAGCUGUUAAUGCCAUUUUGUGCAUAUACCAAAGAAGUCAAGUCUGAAUGAAAAUAACCUCCUGGUUUUUACUGAUAAAGAAUUAUAAGGAGUCAGUCAUGGAAUCUAAAAAUAAAUUAAAACUGCUUUCUGGCAUUUGUGCUUCGAAUAGAGACUGGGGACCCAUUUCAAAUCAUUUUCAGAAAUACAAAGCUUAUAAUCAAUCCAAGAAUAAUGGGAUUUAAACUGAGGGUAUUCCAGCUUGAUUGAUGAUUUUACAAAAGAAAUAACCAAAACAUGAGUACAUUUGCUACCAUAAUCUUUUGUAGAAAAGAUUAAAUGGAGAAUAAAAAUUAUUUUUAUUUUCCUAUUUGUAUUCAUCUUGGAAAUGAUUCUACAAAAGUAAUGUAGAGUGUGAUGUUUUAUUUUGAAAUCCUUUAUUGAAUGCUGACAUUAAGUACAUCAAGCAAUAGGACUGGUUUUGGUUUCUCAAGCUUUUGUCUUAAUGCUCCCAUUACAUUAUUCAACCUAAAGUUUUCCUUUUAAAAAUUCAAAUUUGCAUUUGCUAUAACUAAGUUCAAAUUCUUGAGUAUUGACUUUUAACAAACAUUAGAAAAUGGUCAGUUUUGUUAAGGGGAAAAAAAAAUCCCUCUGUUGGAAUUUAAGCAGCUAAUUGGUGUUAGUCAUCCUGUUUCAGUGUAUACAAUUUCUAUGUUCCAGGAUGCAACAUAAAAUUCUUUUUGCAUCAAGAACGAUGCAAAACAUUGAUGCAAUGCAUCAUGAAAAGAAAGUUUGUAUUUAAUGAGAAGGUGCUUUACACUGUACUUUUUGGUAUUUUUUGGAAAAGUUAUUACAUUUGGAACUAUUCUGAAGCUGUUAAUUUUUUUUAAAAAUAAAAUGUUGCAGGUUUCA